AUGUUUGAAGAUAGCGGUUUCUCCAAGGACGCUGGCGACGCGGCCAUACGGACCAUUGGCGAGGAUUUCAUGCGCCUGGCCGUUGUGGCCCUCCGCAGGGGGCGGCUGCCGAGCGGGGAGCGCCUCAUUUCGCGGGAGAACUGGAACCGAUGGGCGGUCCCGAACUUGCUGCCAGGUGGGAAGCUCACUGACCAGCUGACCGAGUGGCAAAAGUCCCCGCUGGUCUCGGCUACGUUCGGUGUCGGCGAUCGGAUGAGCGAGGGCAUAAUGAAGCAGAGCGGCGCCUACGGCUGGUCGGCGGUGUCACUUCGGCGGUUACAUGCUGUCGCACCGCUGUCGGCCAGCCGAGUGGUCGUUUGCAUUGCGGAACUCUGGGCGCGGGCAUUUUUUUUCGGAGGCGUUGCGUUCGGCAGGAUGGUGGGAUUGGGGCAGCUCCCGUGGAGCAGCUUCAGGGCGAUUCGCAUGUCCGGCAUCUCUGGCCCCCACCCUCCCGGGGACCUGCCGGGGUACUUUUCGCCCGGGACUCCUAGGGGCCGCCCCGCGCGCGCGAAUUAG